CAUGAAGGGGGAAGACUUUCCAUGUGACACCAUGGCUCCAGACAUUCAUGAGGACAGCCAGUACCACUGUGAGGACUGUGACCAGCACUUUGAGUCCCGGGACCAGCUGCAGGACCACCAGCUGCAGGACCACCAGGACCACCAGGACCACCAGCUGCAGGACCACCAGCUGCAGGACCACCAGGACCACCAGGACCACCAGCUGCAGGACCACCAGGACCACCAGGACCACCAGCUGCAGGACCACCAGCUGCAGGACUACCAGCUGCAGGACCACCAGGACCACCAGGACCACCAGCUGCAGGACCACCAGCUGCAGGACCACCAGCUGCAGGACCACCAGGACCACCAGCUGCAGGACCCCCAGAAGCCGCCGUCCUCCGGCCUCCACCCAGGAGAGGCCAGUGAGGCCCCGCCCCCUCCAGCCCUGCGGCCCCUCCUCGUGGCCCACGGCCUGCAGGCAUGUCAGGAGUGUGACCAGGUGUUCCCCGACGUCCAGAGCCUGGAGGCCCACGGCCCGGCCCACUCGGAGGAGAGGGAGUACCGCUGUGACCAGUGCCCCAAGGCCUUCAACUGGAAGUCCAACCUGAUCCGCCACCAGAUGUCUCACGACAGCGGGAAGCACUACGAGUGUGAGAACUGCUCCAAGCAGGUGUUCACAGACCCCAGUAACCUGCAGAGGCACAUCCGCUCGCAGCACGCCGGCGCCCGCGCCCACGCCUGCGCCGACUGCGGCAAGACGUUCGCCACGUCGUCGGGCCUCAAGCAGCACAAACACAUCCACAGCAGCGUCAAGCCCUUCAUGUGUAAGUCCCUCAGGCCCUACCUGUUCCCUGAAGGCAGCAUCAAGAGAAACCACCAGACGCAGCAGGUGGCUCCACCUGCCGGUCGGCCUGGUCCCUGCAGCCAGGCGGAGCAACACAUCUUCAUUCCAGACCAGUCCAGACCGAAGGAGGACGAGAGAGACCAGAUGUGA